AUGAGUACCGACUUCCACCAACAUCAAAAUCCUCAUCCUUCCUCCCUCGAACCAUUCCCUCGCUUCAUCGACUCGGCCCCUCCCAAUUCGGCCAACUACUUCUCUUCGCCCAUGGCUAUGGCCGCCGUCCAACUGCUGGCCUCGUCCAGUUCCUCCCACCUGGGACCCAAAAAGCCUUGGAUAUCCGUGCCGGCCAAGGUCUCCAAUUACCUUCGCUUGCGCUACUAUCAGUAUGAGGUUACCUUUGGCGUCUAUGUCAUGACGCCUACCGAGAAGCUUGUCUUCAACACGAUUGUCCUUACCAUCUUCACCGCCCUCUUCUAUGCGCUCUUCUGGGGGUUCCAGCCGUUUGUCGUCAACGCCCUGUGUCGGCUGAUAUACUACAUGACCGGUUCCCUUUCGAAUGCACCCCAGCUGUGCACAUGA